AUUUUGACAAGUCUCCCAGGAUGUGCUGUUUAACUAUGUAAAGCUAAAGAAGAGGAAGAAAUCACCAUUUUGACAGGUGUCCCAGGAUGUGCUGUUUAACUAUCUAAAGCUAAAGAAGAGGAAGAAAUCACCAUUUUGACAGACAGCUUUAAUUGACAACACUUGGAGGCUGCAGUGAAUGAAGACAAAGCAUUGAGAAGCCAGUGUCAAGAGAGAUCUCCCUGACUGAUGGAAAUCAACACAGGAUUAUAAAGUCACAGGAAAAAGACAUAAAAGUCUGGUGGCAGGGAUGUAUAAAUUGGUGUUACAGAACUCUGUCAGAGUGUCAGGUGUCAGUAGGUGUGAUCACAUUACCCACGUGUCAACAGACCGGGUCUGGAUCUCUGAUAAUAAAGGCAACCUUAUCUUAACAAACACGAGAGGAGACACACUAGAUCAAGUGACAGGUUUAUAUAAAUAUGGUGCUGGAUUACAUACUGUGUCUAGUAAUAGUGCUGUGAUUUAUAUAGACAGUGACUAUAACAUCAUAAAACUGUCUAAAGAUAAAGUAAAGACCACAGUAAUACCAUACACAUCACCAUGGGAACCAGUGAGUGUCUACAGCUCCCCCUCCACUGGAGACCUGCUGGUCGGAGUGUCUAAUACUGAUACAUAUAAAGGCCAGGUAAACCGUUACACCAACACAGGAGAACACAAACAGACCAUACAGCACGACAACACAGGUCAGAGAAUGUAUGGUAGACCUCUCUACAUCACAGAGAACCGCAAUGGAGAUGUUAUUGUGUCUGACCUGUACCGUGUUGCUGUAGUGGUGACAGACAGUAGAGGAAGACACCGGUUCUCCUACAGAGGUCCUCCAGGAAUAUCACCACGUGGAAUCUGUACUGACGCGCUGCUACACAUCCUGGUGUGUGAUCUUAACACCCACACAGUACAUAUUAUAGAUAAAGACGGUCACUACAUGACACAUUUCAAGCCAGAACAACACGUGAUACACAUACCACUCGGGCUGAGUUAUGAUGACAUCACCCGCUCUGUCUGGGUUGGAUCAUGGUCCAAAAACAGAGUGAACAUCUACAGACCUAUGUAUGGAGGGGAGGAUCUGACUG